AUGGUUGGAGGCGAUCCUGGAACGGAGGAGGGACUCCGAGCACUCAAGGAGCGAUCUCCUUUGUUUCUUGCUGAUCGUGUCACAAAACCAUUAUUGAUUUUACAAGGUGCUAAUGACCCCAGAGUAAAACAGCAAGAAUCAGACCAAUUUGUGGAAGCACUGCAAAACAGAUCCAUUCCUGUAUCUUAUAUUCUUUACCCAGAUGAAGGACACGGUUUCAGAAAGGUACGUACUAUGGAAUGA